AUGUCAUGUCAGUUGGAAGUAUCAUUCAGACCGAUGUACCUCCCUCAAAGAACAAACAUGUUUCGCUCAAGAGCGAAGGGUCAUCAAAUCAAUGCACAAGAUUACGAUUUCGACAUAAACUCGAGCUACGAUGGCUCUUAUGGCUCGUUGACCGACAGCAACCAGAAUUCAGCACCACAAACUCCUAAGAAACAAGGAUUCAGCGCGGGCAGCGGUUUGAGAAGCAUAGCAGAAGGCUCCUUCAAUUCUGCAUCAGAUGCACUAAAUAAUCAAGAUGCUGCUGGACAUCAAGCAGCCUUCGUAGCGAAGAACACUUUGGCUCAAGCCGCAGCUGGAGCAUCAGCAACCGCUCAAGCAGCUCUAGCAGGCAAGCAAAUCCUCCUCCAAGGUCUAGAGCAGCAACUGCGCGACUCUCAACAAGCUCUCAUGGGAGAACAACAGCAGCUCAUGCAAGCCCAAAGAGCUGCCGACACAACGAUGCAGGCUGCCCAAGAAGCCAGAGCCCAUGUGAACGUCCUCCAAAAUACCCUCAAUGCAGCUCAAGCCGCAUCUGAGCACAUGACCCAAGCAGCUUCCGAAGCCGCUGGUGAAUUAGCAGCGCAACAAGCUAUGGUGGGCUCUGCCAUUGAUCGAGUGGCAGCGCUCAGGAAGCAGCUCGAUGCUGUAAGGGUUGAUUUCGAGGCAACCAGGGCUGCCGCGCAGAAGGCCCAGUACGCAGCGCAAUCGGCAGCAGCCAAUGCAGCUGCAGCUGCUGCGGCCGCCGCCGCUGGUCUCACCAAGAGUGCACAGGGGGCAAAACCGAGCCUUCCACCACCUCCACCCCCAUCCACACCACAUGCAGGGAGUAAUGGCAACGACAAUGGAACCGGAAAGAAAUCAGCUGGUGGUUCAGGUUCAGCUGGAGGCAAGAAGGGUGGUGGAGAGGCCGUCGCAAAAUUUUUUCUCACAGGUGAAGGAAACCUGGCAAUCGCUGAUGGGGACUAUCCAAGCGGCUUUUACUACAGGCAGAGAUGAAGUGAUUACUGGUUGAUGACGCGUUUUAUUUUUCACACAGCAAUGCCAUAUUACAUUCACUGGUUAUCGUCGAAAGACACAUUUGAUUGUUACAUCUGUUAUAUAGUUUCAUUCUGACACAAUUACAUUUUUAUAUUCAACUGAGUUUUCAUCAUUCGUUCAAACGAUUCAACUGUUGGUGAGGAACAUU